GUGAGAGUCUUGUUUAAAACAAGUGUGUUGAUGGGGAAACUCUAUGUGGGCACUGCAUCAGUGUCUCAGGUCAGAGGCAGCGUGCAGGGGAACUGCAGCACUGGGGCCAGCUCUGGGACUCACGACUUGAGCAGAGCUGGGGGCUGGGAUGCAGGAAGUGAAAAGAGCUGAAGUUAAAACCGGAACUCAGAGCAGACACAGGCCCAAAGCUGUCACUAGCAGCAGGUGCCUCAGCAAAACGCAGCAAGUUUGCCAGCAGGAACUGGUGAGCCUAUAAAGAUGUGGAAAGCAGUUGUGGGACACAACGUGUCCGUGAAAGUGGAGGCUCAGGGAGACGACUGGGACACGGACCCCGAUUUCGUGAACGACAUCUCCGAGCGGGAGCAGCGCUGGGGAGCCAAAACCAUCGAGGGCUCUGGCCGCGCUGGGCACAUCGACAUCCAUCAGCUGAGGAACAAGGUAUCAGAGGAACAUGAGGUCAUCAAGAAGAAGGAGCUGGAGACUGGCCCCAAGGCAUCCUAUGGCUAUGGGGGCAAAUUUGGAACAGAGCGAGACCGAAUGGAUAAGUGCGCAGUAGGACACGAGUACGUGGCUGAUGUUGGGAAGCACUCCUCGCAGACAGAUGCAGCCCAGGGCUUUGGUGGCAAGUUCGGAGUCCAGCGGGACCGAGCCGACAAGUCAGCACUGGGCUUUGAAUACAAGAGCGAGGUGGAGAAACACUCGUCCCAGAAAGAUUACUCCAAGGGCUUUGGUGGCCGUUACGGAGUGGAAAGGGAUAAGGUGGACAAAGCAGCUGUGGGAUUUGACUACAAGAGCCAGACAGAGAAGCAUGAUUCUCAGAAAGACUAUUCUGUGGGCUUUGGUGGGAAGUUUGGGGUCCAGAGGGAUCGUCAGGACAAGAAUGCCCUUGGCUGGGACCAUCAGGAAGAAGUGCAGCCCCACGCAUCCCAAAGAGACUAUGCCAAGGGGUUUGGAGGCCGUUAUGGAGUCCAGAAGGAUAGAGUGGAUAAGAGUGCUGCUGGCUUUGAUGAGAUGGCAGCUCCCACCUCCUCCUAUGAGAAAACAAGACCCCUGGAAGCAGGAGCCUCCAGCGGCACCAGCAGCCUGCGGCUGCGGUUUGAGCACAUGGCCCAGUCGGCAGAGGAGGAGAGCAGGAGGCAGGCUCGGGAGCACCGGCUGGCUCAGCAGCAGGAAAUCCCUCCAAGAGAGAAGGGGCACACUGGGACUGGGGCAGCCUCUCCAGCCGUGCCAGCAGGGGUACCCGGGGGUGCUGCUGGGGACCAGCCCAUGUCACCAGGAGAACAGCAGGAGGCCAAAAGGGAGGAUGAAGAAGUACCACCCACUUUGCCACCAAGGCCAGCAGAUCUGGAUGCAGAGCCAUGCAAGGUGCCCAGCCAGGGUCAGCCCACCUACAAUGUAAGCUUGGAUGUUGGUGGAGACUAUGAGGAGUUGCCAGAGCCCUCUGACUACUGUGACAUCACCAGUGGAAGUGCUGACUAUGAGGAGCUGCCAGCCCCGCUGGGAAAGCUGGAUGCCACCUAUGACUUUGGAGGAGAUGGAGGUGAAGACUAUGAGGUGAUCCUUCCUCAGGAGCCCAGACAGAGCCAUCUCCAACUGGGGAACACGGAGAGUGCUGCUGAGGGGCAGAGCCCUGGGAUCUGCGCAGUGGCUCUCUAUGAUUACCAAGGAGAUGGAGAUGAUGAGAUUUCUUUUGAUCCUGAUGACACAAUCACGCACAUUGAGAUGGUGGAUGAAGGCUGGUGGCGGGGACAGUGCCAUGGCAGAGUCGGCCUCUUCCCAGCAAACUAUGUGAAGCUUCUGCAAUGAAAUUAGCACAGUGCAAGCUGCUUCCUUCCCAACUUUUGCCUCUGUCAUGGUUUGACACUGGCCAAAUGCCAUACACCCACAAAAGUCACUCAUUCACCGUCCUCUGCCACAGCUUGGCAGAGGAGAGAAACAACACUGGAGCAAGGUCAGUGGGGAAGGAAGGGCAGGAGGUGCUCCAGGUGCCAGAGCUGAGAUUCCUCUGCAGGCCAUAGUGAGACCAUGGUGUUCAGUGUUUUCUCACAGUCCUUAUCUCAACUCAUGAACCCUUCAUUUAUUUUUUUUCCCUCCUCUCUGGCAGGGGAGGGUGAGUGAGUGACUUUUGUGCGUGCCUGGCACUUGGCCAGGGUCAAAUCACGGCAGCCUCUUUCUGCUUUAGCCUUUCCCACGUUAUCAGCUUCAUUUGGCUCAGCUUGGUAAAUCCUUAUCCAGAGAAAUAUCAAGGAGCAAAUUGGCAGUGCCAGAGGGAAUGUUUUGUCUUAUGCCCAAGAGGAUUUUGAUUCCCAUCCACUUCCAGGUGGGAAAGUUAGGAUGGUUUAAGAGCAUAUGAGUGCAAUACAAGGUCUUUUCUACCUAGGCUGCCCCACCUGUCAGCCAGCAAGACUGCAGGAGUGUAUCCUGUUCCCAGUGGGGCGAUUCCCAGAGCAGAAAUACCAAAUCUAGUCCAGGCAAGGCAGAAGGGAUGUGAGCUGUGGGACCUUUGUCAAUUGCUGUGGCCCUGUGUCUCAUCCUAAUCAAGGGUCAGGGAAAAGAUCCCUGGGAAAGCCAAAUUUGUGUUUAUUCCAAGGAAGGGCUUCCAUUUUUAGGACAAGCCGUGUUUGCAGUAUGGACCAAAGAAACAUGAACAUGGUCUGUGCGACCCUAUUGGGCAUAGGUGUGUCUGUCCCUGGGACUGUGCCCUCCCUCCCAGCUUCUGCUCUGGCCUGGCUCAAACUGUAUCCCAGUGAUUCUGUGACAGCUUGUGUCCCCUGUGCCUGCUGGAGGCUCCUGAAAAGCUUGGCUCUUCAUCACAGUUGUGAGGAAGAGGCUGGGUAGGUGGGAAGCAGGACAGGAGGAAACAUUUUAUUGCUAAUGUUUAAAAAACAGUUUUCAGAAAUGCCAAGUAAAGCCCUCCCUCAAGCCAGUACCUCUUAGAUGGAUGUUCAGCUGUGGGAAUUGUUCCUCUGUGGGAUGGAGGUACCAUCACAGCAGGAAUAAACCAGGGACAGCUGAGUAAAACAGCACCUGAGGGGCUGUGGGACUCAGGAGCUGUGGAAGCACGCCUGAGGGACUGUGGGAGCACACUGAGAGGCUGCAGGAACACCUGAGGCUCUGUGGGAGCACACCCCAUCACUGCCACUGCCAGCAGUGUGUGCAGAAGGUGCCUCUGUGGCACUAAAGCUUUAGAGUUCAGUGUGGUUCGCAGGUGAGUUCUGGACCACCCUGCAGUUGACCAAGCCUGUACUACCUGUGCAGGAGUGUGGCAUUCCUGCUCAGUGUUUGAUACUGGGAACACCCAACGACUGUCUCUCUGUCACAGGAAAGGUGCAUUGGGAUUCAGGUUAAAAGUUAUCAAUUUUAAUGUAACUUUUCCAGAGGUUUCUUGUUUGGGUUUCCGGUUGGUUGGCUUUGGGGUUUUUGUUUGGAGUGCUUUGGGUUUUUCGUUUCUCUGAGGCAGCUCCCCCAGUCUUUUUCCUUGUGUGGUUUCUGCUGUUUCCUGCUGUCCCCUUCCAGGGGCUCCUCACAAGGGUGUUCACUGGUCAGACUCUGAUGUGUCCAGUGACACUGGACUGAGGGUGCAUCAAGGACUUUUUAGAAUCCAGAAGGGUGUAUAGCAAGGAGGACUGAGGGGCUCACAGCCUGUCUGGAUAGGAGCAACAGCCCAACCCAACAGGUUACAGAAACAUUUCUUUCCCUGAAGAGUAAAAUCAGCAUGUGUUGUGCACUAAGACAUGGCAAACUGCUCCCAACAAGGCUGUGUGCCUCCUAGUCCCAGUUCUGACUCUCCAGUGGGUUUCUUUGGGAACAGAUUAGGUACUGUUGGGUAUCUCUUGGUAACUGAGCUGCAGAUGAGCGUGUUUGGGUCCAGCCGACGUAGGUUGUGUGGCUGCAGGUGUCACCUGCCUGUGUCGUCUCCCUUGCCCCAGUGAGCUCCUGCUCCUGGCUCUGCUGCAGAGCUCAUGUGCCUCAUGUGCACACCUGCAGAUUUAGCCACUGCCCCCACAACCACAGAAUCAUUUGAGCUUGAGCCCAGCUGCAGACCCCCAACCAGUCCUCAGCCACUGUCACCCAGAGCCACAGCAUACACAACAGCUGCACAUGGAAAUUUUUCCUGGCCAUAAAGCAAAGCAUUUCUGGUGAGGAGUUCAGUGCCACCAGCUCUCAGCUCAGUGCUAAGACCUCCAUGUCAGAGUCCAGCACUGAGGCCAUGGGUGGCCUGUGCAAGCUGCUGUGCUUAUGUACAGAGUGCUGCAGAGCCGCCCUGGCAGCCUGGGGAAACCCAGCAGACAUCAGAUUUGAAGCCGAGGCAUGUGGGGACAGUGGAUGGUGGGACAGCCCCUCUUGCCCAGGCCAGGUUUUGCAAGGCACUGCCCUUGUUCUGCACAGAGCCUGACUCAAGACCUGGGGCAGCCCUGAGGCAGAGCUCGUUGCUAUGCUCAGGGCCAGCACGUGUGGCUCCACAUGAAUUUGCCUUUUGCAGAGCUCCCUGGCAGUAGCCCAGCUGCAGCACAUCCUGUGCCGAGCUCAGCACAUGGCAUCUAGAAAAUAAAGACAGAAUCCUGGACCUGCA